AUGUCUUCAAUUCAGUCCUUAAAUACCACGAAUAAGGAAUCAAGCAAUUUUUGAAAUUUUACUAAUAACAUUACUAUAGAAACAGUUUUUCAAGGCAAGAUUUUUCUAAAGUCUAAGAAUGCGGCCUUUAAAUCAUGUGAGCUAGCACUUGCUCAAAACUAUCUUAUAAAGAUAAUUCCGAAUUCGGCCAAUAAAGUCGCUUUAUUGGAUAAAAAAAUCAUAGAACCUUUUACAGAAGCUAUUGAUCAGACAGAACUAUUUGGGUUUAAAAUAAGUGAUAGUGAAGUUUCUCAAAGGUUUUAUGUAGAAAAUAGAGAAAAACUUUAUGAAUGGCUUGCUGCUUUCCAAGUGUUGAAUAAAAAUUUUAUGAGAAAAAUAAAAGAUGACCGUAAUAUUCAAAACACUAUGGUGACUUCAGAAGAACUUCAGAAUUCUAAAGAAGAAUCUGAUGGUAUUUCAUUGUCUUGUCUUAUAAAAAACCAAUAUAAAGAGACAAUUCCUGAAGCUUUGUCCAUAAAAAAUACUAAGCAAGAAUAUUUAACUUCAGUUUAUGCAUUAACGAAUUUUUCUGACGAUUUUACCUUACUGAAUGAAAUAGGACACGGAACUGUUGGCAAGGUGUAUCUUGCUAAUAAUAAUUCUACAGGAAAGCAAUUUGCUGUAAAAGCUAUCAAUAAGGAAGACUUAGCAAAAAAUGAGAUGGGCCUAGAAAAUCUCGUAAACGAAAUUAAGGUAAUGAGAAAACUCAAUCACCCGAACAUAAUUAAAAUCCAUGAUGUUUAUGAGUGCUCAAACCAUAUAUGCUUAAUACUUGACUACGUUGAGCAUGAUAAUUUAUUUUCAAGAAUUAUUGAAAAAAAAGCAUUUGAUGAGAAUACCGUAGCCCGGUUUGCUACAAAACUAUUAAGUGUGCUUGACUAUUUAAGCUCCCUUAAUAUUAUUCACCGUGACAUUAAGUUAGAAAACAUUCUAAUGACUUCUGAGGAUAACGAUUACGAUUUCAAAUUAGCUGAUUUUGGGCUUGCAGCUGAAUUAAAUGAGAAUUCACUAACAAGGUGUGGCUCUCCUGGCUAUAUAGCUCCUGAGAUUCUAAAUUCCCCUCUCUGUGAGCGAACAAAAAAAUUUGUUGGUUCACGGAGAAGGGCUAUCUUACUUUUUAAAAAAUUUAUAGUAGAUUUUAUUUUCAAAAUUUUAAUUUUAAUUCACAAAAAUUGGAAAACAAAUAUUUAUAUAAUUUGUAAAAUUUACCACAUUCAUUUAAAAUUAGCCAGAAUUAGCUAGAGAUUUCAUUAUAUUAAUUUGUUACUUAUAUAUCAAAUUUUGGUUUCAUAAAAAUUUUGAUCGCUCACGAAUGGUGGGAUUUUCCAAUAGUUUUGUUCGCUUACGGAGGGGGGAAUAAGAAAGUUGUCAUAUGAUUUCAAAGCUGAUAUUUUUAGCUCAGGUGUCAUUUUUUAUAUACUAUUAUCCGGAAAAAUGCCAUUUAGUGGCAGAAAUACAAUAGAAAUUCUACGUAAAAAUCGAGACGGUAUUGUUUCAUUUCAAAAUGAAAUUUGAAGGCAUGUGUCUAAAAAAGGUAUUCGAUUUAUUAUGAAAUUGAUGGAACCUAAUCAUAAAUUAAGACCCUUUGCAAAAGAAGCAUUGGGUGAUCCGUGGCUUCAGCGAGGACUAAAUAAACUUGAUAAAAAGCUCUCAAAUAAAACAUUAGCGGAGAGCGUGAAUAAAAAAAUGAAAAUCGGACCUUAA